CCAGAGAAAAUGACCAACACAGAGCGAUUUGGCUCUAAUUUAGAAUCAGCUGCGGUCGAAAUCGACAACGCUGCGUCAACUUAUACACAAGGACUAAAACAAUUUGGAUCUGCGCAAAAGGAACUCGGGAAAUCCGAACGACGAUUCGGCCGAGAAGUCGAGAAAUGUUGCAUUCAGCCGAUGAAGAAAUUUCUGGCUGAAGAUUUGGAAGCGGCUCUUAAUGAGAAAAGUGCCCUGGACACUCUUAGACUGGAUCUGGAUGUGGCUAAAAAUAAGGUAGCGAAGGCGAAAGGAAUAGUAGAUCGAGAGAAAGCUGAGAAAGUGUUGCAGGAAGCCCAAAAAGAUUUCGACAGACAACACGACUUCACUAAAGUCAUCAUCGGCCGCACGCUCAACAACCACCACACGAACCACGCGAACCAGUUGAAGGAGUUCAGUCGCAUCCAGACUAGUCUCUAUCGAGAGUGCUCUCUGGUCAUGUCGGAAUUGGACGAGGAACUCGCUAAGAUAGCGAUCAAGUGACGAUUAUUAGUCAGAUCCAGUUAAACUUGCACCCCCUCCCCCCACACACACACACGC